AUGGAGCCAGACAACGACACAGGGCUUCCAGUAUUUCUCCUCCUGGGAUUUUCUGAAAAGCCAGAAUUUCAGCCUGUUCUCUUUGGGCUAUUCCUGUCUUUGUAUCUGGUGACUGUCUUUGGGAAUCUGCUCAUCAUCCUGGCCAUCAUCUCAGACUCCCACUUGCACACCCCCAUGUACUUCUUCCUCUCCAAUCUGUCCUUUUCUGACAUCUGUUUCACCUCCACCACGAUUCCAAAGAUGCUGGUGAACAUCCAAACACAGAGCAAAUCCAUCACUUAUGUAGGCUGCAUCACCCAGAUGUACUUUUUUACAGUUUUUGGACUUUUGGACAAUUUACUAUUGACAGUUAUGGCCUAUGACCGCUUUGUGGCCAUCUGUCACCCCCUGCUUUACAUGGUCAUUGUGAACCCCAUGCUCUGUGUCCAGCUGCUUGUCCUCACCUGGCUCAUCAGCGUGCUGGGGGCCCUUCCUGAGAGUUUGACAGUGUUGCAGCUUUCUUUCAGCGCAAUUGCUGAAAUUCCACACUACUUCUGUGAGCUCCCUGAGAUCCUCCAACUCUCCCACUCAGACACCUUUGUCAGUAACGUUGUAUUAUACAUCGUGACGGGUGUCAUGGGCUUCUUUCCUCUUGCUGGGAUUCUUUUCUCUUAUUUUCAAAUUGUUUCUUCUGUCCUGAGGAUCUCAAAAGCAGGGGGGAAGUAUAAAGCCUUUUCCACGUGUGGGUCUCAUCUUUCCGUUGUAUGCCUUUUCUAUGGGACCUGUCUGGGAGUCUACCUCAGUUCCACAUGGUCACAUGCUUCUCAGACAGGGGUGUUUGCCUCAGUCCUGUACACUGUGGUCACCCCCAUGCUGAACCCUUUCAUCUAUAGCCUGAGGAACAAGGACAUAAAGGGGGCCCUGAGAAAGCUUCUAUGCAGCCUGACAACCUCCCAGUGA